UGUAUGAGGGAGUGAGGGAGUGUAUGAGUGAGGGAGUGUAUGAGGGAGUGAGUGUAUGAGUGAGGGAGUGUAUAAGGGAGUGAGUGAGUGUGAGAGGGAGUGUAUGAGUGAGGGAGUGUAUGAGGGAGUGAGUGAGUGUGUGAGGGAGUGUAUGAGUGAGUGAGGGAGUGUAUGAGUGAGGGAGUGUAUGAGGGAGUGAGUGAGUGUGAGAGGGAGUGUAUGAGCGAGUGAUUAUCUUGAUCUCUUCCUUAGAAUCGUGGAGGAGAAAUAUAUCUGCUAAUGGAUGUUUUUCAUGGCACACAUCACAAACCGGAGGCAGCUGAGCAUAUUUACCUAGUUUCUCACAAAGCAGCGGUCGGACAGGGAAAUUACGAGCGAUUUCAAAGCACCGGUAAUAUUUUCUUCUCUCCGCAGGUGUAUAAAUAAACAUGGCGAAACCGGCCGCUGGCUGCAGGCUGUAGUAAAUCUGAAUUUUUAUGAAUGACCGCAUUGAUCUGUGUGACCACGCCUCCAAGCGCGAGCUCGUCCAUACUGUCCCCCCAGCACGCACGCUUUUUAUUGGGUCGGCGAUCAGAAGUGGGCGGGGCGUCUUGAGAACGCGCAACUGUCAUAUAUAAAAAACUGACUCGAAUAAAUCCCGUUUAAAUAACCGUUAAAGGGGCUUAGGAGACGGACCGCGUCUUCACCACAACCUGUGUGGACUGUUCUUCUUUCUUUCUUUUUUCCUUUCUUUCUGAAGAGCUCACUCACCUGGACGCUGUCUGAAGUGUCUCACCGUCUCCACAGCACCUUCACUCCAAUUCAAACAACCAAAACAAAUCCGCAGAGCGUUCUCUUCUGGCUUCAUGUUGUUGUUGUUGUUGUUGAAGAUGAGGGAUGUAUUGUGCUUUCUUCUCUUCAUGAUGGUGGCCCUCGGCUCGGGCGUGGCAGGGUGCCCGAGGGCGUGCGAGUGCCCUCCUGAGCGCCCCGUGUGUCCUCCAGGUGUGAGUUUGGUACCCGAUGGCUGUGGGUGUUGUAAGGUUUGCGCUGCUCAGCUAAACCAGGACUGCCACGAGGGCCGACCAUGUGAUCACCACAAGGGGCUCGAGUGUAAUUACGGCAACGACGUGGGCAGCACUCGCGGAAUCUGCAGAGCCAAACUGGAAGGCCGCUCGUGUGAGUAUAAUGGCCGUGUGUACCAGAACGGCGAAGACUUCCACGCCGGCUGUAAGCACCAGUGCACGUGCAUCGACGGUGCUGUGGGCUGUGUGCCCCUCUGCCCUACAGAAGUGCUCCUGGCGUCACCUGCCUGCCCCUCACCGAGGCUGAUUAAAGUGCCGGGACAGUGCUGCCCCAGUGUGGACUGCCAUCGCGGCUCCUCAGUGCUGCCCCCUGUCUACAGAGUCCCGCAGCUGCCCCCAUACAUCUACCCUCACCUCGCACCCUACCCUAAAGCCUUCCCCAAGCUUUACCCGAAGAAUUACCUACCCAGGCCAGAGGACACACUGAGUAAUGAGCUGAUGGACUUGGGGAGGAAGUGGGAGAAGCCCCGUAGUCACAAACGCAUGACAGCCUGGAAGAAACUGGGAAGCCCAGACAAAUGUGUGGUCCAGACUACGAAGUGGUCGCUGUGCUCUCGGAGCUGUGGUAUGGGAGUGUCGUCACGCGUCACCAACCAGAACGCUCAGUGCAAGCUGGCGAAGGAGACGCGCCUGUGCACCGUCAGACCCUGCAGCUCCAUGGCCGUGCCCGUAAAGAAAGGGAGGAAAUGUUCUCGCACACAGAAGUCUCCCGAGCCGCUACGUCUCCACUACGCAGGCUGCCGCAGCGCCCGUCUGUACCGGCCCAACUACUGCGGCGUUUGUCGGGACGGCCGCUGCUGCUCCCCGCGCCGCACCCGCACUUCAUCCGUGGUCUUCUCCUGCCCCGACGGCGAGCGCUUCGAGAAGGCCGUCAUGUUCAUCCAGUCCUGCAAGUGCAGUGACCAGUGCGACCACCUCAACGAAGCCUCGCUCCCGCCGCAGCGCUGGCUCUACGGAGACACUCACAAGUUCAUGGACUAGCCGUCUGGCCUCCGUGCAAAUCCGCCCCUUCCUUUUCCCCCCAGCCAAUCCCUGAUAGAGUAUGCGUACGUCUCAAGAGCAGACGUCAAACUGAUGGCCUGGAAUCGCAAACACUUGUAGACGGACUGAGAGCUUGGACAAGCAGACGAGAGCCGCAAGGAGUAUUUAGUAUAGUGAACUUGUAGUGUACACUUGUAGUUUAUUCCAUCACAGAUUUGGUGAGAAUCACUGAAGGAACCUGGUGGACAAGUAAAGGAUAUGAUCUUAGGAAGACAUUUUGUAUUAGACCUGCGAAAGCAACGCACCCUCAAUGAAAUGCUGAAAAGACUGUUGGACUAGUGGACUAGCGUGAGAAUCUGUGAUUAGGGUUGGACCUGAAAGAAGUGUGUCCUUUUAACACAGGAAAAACUUCACAGUGGGAAAUAUGCUUCUCAAGAUUGUUUUCCAUUUGCCCCAGACAAAAAAGGACAGAUGGGAUCAUGGGAUAAGCCCAUAAACUCUAUCAACAGCUUUUUUUAUAUAUAUGCAGCUAUUAUAAAGAUAUGAUGGUAUUUAUUGUGUGUAAGAUGAAUCAGCAGCUCUUUGCCAGUUGGUGGGAAGGAGCUCACACUUCACACGACAAAGGGAAAUGUGAUGGAUUCCUGGACCUAAAACAGACUUGUUGGCCCAAGAUAGAAGAAUGUGGCCUUACUCCACGUGAACUUGACUUUGACCCUGAGUCCCGGUGCCAGAGAUUUUCCUUUAUUUGAGCCUGAGGAUCCUGGAAAAGAAAAAGAAACAUUCACCAAGUGCCCUGGCGUUCUGGAGUCCACACGGCGAACCUCUCAAAUUACAAUCCUGGGAGCAGCAGCCCUCUGGUUUUGCUGUUUAAAAAAAACGUUUUAAAAAAUGCCAGCGUAUGAAGUAAACAUGUAAUUUAAAAAUGAGGAGCAGGGGCCGCUCCCGAUUCUCUCUGUAAUCUAGCGAAUGAUGCCUGAAGCCCAGGCAGACGAUGCUCGUGCUCUCGUGUGUCUUUAUGACGUUGCGGUCUCCGUUUCGGUCUCCUGGCUCUGAUACGCAAGACGCUGGAGGUGACAUCACCCUUGUUAGCGAGACCAAAAACCAACACACAAAACAUCAAGAGCUGGAACCAAGUACAUCAGUCCUGGGAGGCUUAGCUCACACACGAUGGCAGAUUUAAACUGUAGAAAUAUAUUCACCAUCGAUGGCUUGAUGUUCGUGGUGUUCACGCUAAAUGUGUGUGUGUGUGUUUUUUAUUUGUGCACCUUCACAUUUCUUUGAACAGUAUCCACAUUACAUACUGUAUUAUAAUAGGAAUGGUUUGGUGAAAAAUCAAACUUACUCUAAAUGCAGUAGAUUAGAAUAGUGGUUGGUGUCCAACAACUAAAAUGCUAUUUUUGGCUGCUUUGACUGUAACUAUAACAAUGUUCUUAUUGUUAAGACGUGACUGGUGAUGAGGUAAAUAUUGGCGCGACUCUGGUGAUGAGGUAAAGAUGGGUGUGACUCUGGUGAUGAGGUAAAGAUUGGUGCGACUCUGGUGAUGAGGUAAAGAUUGGUGUGACUGGUGAUGAGGUAAAGAUUGGUGUGACUCUGGUGAUGAGGUAAAGAUUGGUGCGACUGUGGUGAUGAGGUAAAGAUUGGUGCGACUGGUGAUGAGGUAAAGAUGGUGAUGAGGUAAAGAUUGGUGUGUCUCUGGGGAUGAGGUAAAGAUUGGUGCGACUGUGGUGAUGAGGUAAAGAUUGGUGCGUCUCUGGGGAUGAGGUAAAGAUUGGUGCGACUGUGGUGAUGAGGUAUAGAUUGGUGUGUCUCUGGGGAUGAGGUAAAGAUUGGGGUGACUCUGGUGAUGAGGUAAAGAUUGGUGCUACUCUGGUGAUGAGGUAAAUAUUGGUGCGAAUCUGGUGAUGAGGUAUAGAUUGGUGCGUCUCUGAGGAUGAGGUAAAGAUUGGGGUGACUCUGGUGAUGAGGUAAAGAUUGGUGCUACACUGGUGAUGAGGUAAAGAUUGGUGCUACUCUGGUGAUGAGGUAAAUAUUGGCGCGACUCUGGUGAUGAGGUAUAGAUUGGUGCGUCUCUGGGGAUGAGGUAAAGAUUGGUGUGACUGGUGAUGAGGUAAAGAUCGCUGCGACCCUGGUGAUGAGGUAAAGAUCGCUGCGACCCUGGUGAUGAGGUAAAGAUCGCUGCGACCCUGGUGAUGAGGUAAAAAUUGGUGCGUCUCUGGGGAUGAGGUAAAGAUUGGUGUGACUGGUGAUGAGGUAAAGAUCGCUGCAACCCUGGUGAUGAGGUAAAGAUUGAAAGGUCUGAAAACGUUUUUCCAGAGCUCCACUACACUUCCCCUAGGUUUGAAGAAUCCAUGAGGCUGCCCCAUCAAAACAUUUCUGGAGGCUGGAUGUGAUGCUGUUCUUUGAUCUUAAACGUGUAAACGCAGAUUAUUUCUGUUUCCAUAAAAACGGUUGUAUGCAUGUAAAGAUGUGGGCGUGUGUUUAUUUAAAAUGUUUCGAGUGAGGCAGACAAACGUCACACAGUAACUUCGUUAAAGGCUUUGGGGGGGUGGGGGGGG